AUGUUCUGGUUCAAUACCAAACUCGGUGCCGCUUACUAUAACGUGGUCACGUCUGAAUUAUUCGUUUUGGAAGACACGAUGGACGACGCCGAGCAUUUCGACGUAGUGAAAGCUCUGUACAGACAAUGCGCACCGAGGCACGUGGUCGUGAACGCUGGUUCGUCCGCUGCAUUUUUGAAAGUCGUUAAGGAAAUUAUAAUAGCGGAAGAGUCGAAGUCGUUCGAUUCGCGGACAAGUGGAAUCACUUCAACGUUACACAUAACUGGUAAAAAGGAAUAUAGCUUCGAACGGUGCUCUCACAGGGUGAGGUGCCUUCGAGUAGAAUUCGAACCGAAGAAUGUGAGCAACGUUGAAAGGCUGACAUUCCUGAACACUAUAUUGGAUUUUAAAUGUUGCACGAUGAUGCACGCAUUGGGUGCGCUUCUUUUGUUCAUCGACAAGCAUUGGAACAAUAUCGCCUUGGAUCCAGCCGGGAAACCGUCCUUCCUGGCUUUAAAUUAUGUUUCUCUUAAGGAUUUAGUUAUGGUGGACGAAGAUAGUUAUAAAGCAUUGAACAUCGUCCAAGCUAGAGACCACCCAAGCUUAUUCAAAUUCGGUAAAACGAUCACGAGAACGCGAGGAGUCAGCCUGUAUUCAUUGUUCAAUCGUUACUGUCAAUCCAGACCGGGAAUGCAAUUUCUAUGGAAGACGUUGCAUCACCCAAUGCGAAAUCUUGCAGUACUUCAACAAAGAUUAAAAGUACUGGAUUUUUUCUUAAAUCUGGAUAAUCACAGUGUCGUCGAAAACCUGUCGGCCUAUCUGAGACACGUGUGUCGUUUAAACAAUGCGAUAUUCGCCUGUUGUUCCGGUCCUCAAGCGAAAGUAUCAAAUUGGAUUAAAUUAGAAAAGACCAUCUCGAACCUUAUUUGCAUCGCCGACAUAUGUGGGGACCACGCGGGAGAAAUAGAAUUGUUUAAACGCAUCGCCGAUACCUUGACGACUGAGAUCCAGCACAUCAAGUACUUCAUCGAGUACUUAGUAGAUUUUGCCGAGAGCAGGAAGGAGGGGAAUCUGGUAGUUAAAGAGAACGUCGAUGCCCAGCUCGACGAACUGAAUCACGUGCGACGCACAUUGCCCGACUUGUUAACGCGAAUGGGUGAGAAAGACAUGCGGGAGUAUCUUCCGCCUCUCGUCACCAAUUGCAGAAUGAUUUAUCUGCCGAACAUUGGCUACGUAUUGGCGAUAAACAAAUGGAACGUGACUCCGCCCGAAGACGCUACUUUUCCGAAUUUAGAAUUCAAGUUCACCAUCAGCAACGUGAACUACUAUAAAACUCCUACCACGAGAGAACUGGACGAGACCAUCGGCGAUAUUGUACUGAGAAUAGCAGUGCGUCGAAAUCAAAUCAUGAAGAAGUUGGUACAGUACAUAAAGAAGCAUACUGGAACGAUUUCGAGCAUGAUACAACUGUGCGCCGAGUUGGACACUUUGCUGGCGUUCUCGAAAGCAGCGCGUGAUUACAAUUACGUAAAACCGCGGCUGACGGAGGCGAAAAUCAUAGACGUGGUCGAGGGUCGUCACCCGUUGAUGGAAUGCGCGACCACUUUCGUGCCGAACGAUAUUCGCUCCGGAAAUGGGAAGAGUUUGAUCAAAGUUCUAACGGGGCCGAAUUCUUCUGGAAAGAGCGUUUACUUGAAACAGAUUGGGCUGACGGUCUUUAUGGCUCAUAUUGGCUCGUACAUACCCGCGAAGUCCGCGACGAUAGGAAUGGUGUCUCAUAUAUUGACUCAGAUGUCGAACACGGAAAGCAUCGCAUUGAACGCGAGCUCGUUCUUGCAAAAUCUUAGACAGAUCAAUGUGAUCCUACGCGCCUCUACGCCGAACUCGUUACUGAUUUCGGACGAGCUAGAUAGAGGAACAUCUGAAAGUAGUGGAGUGGCGUUGGUCGCAUCCGUGAUAGAUACUUUCGCCGAAAGAGGCGACGAUUGUCCUCACGCGUUCUUCGCAACACACGCCCAUGAAGUCAUUCGAGUACUUCCGCAAACACCUCUCAUCGAGAUUCAGACAUUCGAGUACACGAUCAGCGAUGACGAAUCCAUGGUUUUCUUCUACCGAUUAAUAAAUGGCAGCUCGAAUCACAGCUUCGCGCAUCACGUAGCGAACAUGGCAGGACUGGACCAGGACGUAAUUGAUCGAGCAUUGCAGGUAUACACGAGUGUCAGACAACAGAAGUUACCACCGCCUGUUGCCAAUCGGUUCGACAGGGUGAAACUUCUUCUUAAUGAACUCGAGAGGGACAGGCAGAUGGAUUUGAAGAAAUUGAAGAUGUUGGUUAAACAAGCUGUAUACCCAAAAUAGUUUUAAAAAAAGU